AUGGAGGACGUCGCAGGACAUGCAGCUGCUGAAGUUGUUGAGAUUGCAUACAGUGGAACGUCUUUGGAGCCCUUCAUACAAUCUGUUAAGCUGAAGGUUGGAGGCAAAGAUACUUCACACAGCGCAGAGAUACGCAAUCAGUUGCGUCCAUUUAUCAUGGACCAGCUGCCCAUAAGCUUCACAGAAACUGGCGUGCCGGUGGAGCGCUCUCUACAGGAUCUCAUCCACUUUCUGGCUCCAGAAGCGAUUGGUUUUCCUCGCAUUGCACGCCUUGUACAAGAGCUGCACGUGCUGGCGGAGAAGCGAAGAGAGCUUGUAUAUUAUCAAUAUCAAGACGAGUUGAAGACGAAGCGCACUGAAGAAGAAGCGAAGCGUCAGACCGGCAUUGGGAGGUUCUUCAGCAGCACGGGAGAGCGGGUUGCCUCGAGCGGGGUCGAGCAGCCGGUGCAGACGUGGGCAAUGGGGAAGCGGGUACCAGAUUGGGUCGCUGGGCCAGCGCUCCUGUCGUCCAUCUUUCUUCAGCAAGCUGCUGCAAACAUGCCCACCUACAACAGGCAAAUGGCGCUUGUCAAUGGCGAGUGUGUUGGAGUUGACCACUGCCACAAGCUCAUGCGAAGAGUCAGGGGGGUGGAGGGGCAGCGCGUUCUGGAGGCCACCCUCACCAUGAUGACAGAGACUGGAGAGGUUGCCACCAGUCUCUGGACGCACAGCACGUCCUUGGAGGUGGUCAGAGGCAAUCUACGUCAAGUCUACGAGAGGAUGGCAUCGCUUGGUCGCGCGCCUCGGGUGCUCUUCUGCGAUUGGCCGGAGGUGAUGGGCCCCUUUUUCAUGGACGUCUGGCCCGGUCUGGAGGCGUACCUGAUGGACAUCCUGCACGCCAUCAUGCGAGUGACCAAGCACGUUCCGGAAGAUCACCCAUUUCGAGGUUGGUUACAAAGCAAGCUGAGCGAGGCCAUCUUCGUCAAAAACCAGGCAGACCUGGUGGGGAUCAUGAAGGAACUUGAGCAGAAGGGGAAGACGCUUUCGGACAAGGCCGGGAAGAAUGCACUGAGAAGAUGCCGCAAGGCGGUACCACCUCCUGAGAUAUUGCUUGCGCGGCUUGAGGCUGUUGGAGAUGAGGCGUCCUGCAAGGCCAACCCACUGACUACCGAGCCCCUCCUUGGGCCUCAUGCGCAACGAGCCUUUCAAGGUCUUCUACACCAAGCGCGGCUUGGUUUGCUGAGCGAUCCGCCGAACAUGGAGAUGUACUACUCCAAGCCUACGUGCGGCGCAAACGCCCGCCCCCAGUAUGCCUGCAAACGGGUGGGCUCAAGACUGGAGGGCUUCCACGUGCAUUUCCAGGCUAUCCUGAAGAACUACAACAUCAGCGCGGAGCUUGCGUGGGCGGUCGCUUCCACGUGGCUGACGGGGUGGAACAUCCGGAUGAGGCAAGCGAACCGCGGUGAACCCGACCACGGCCCCGCCUUCGACCUCGAGAUAUUGUACCGGAUUGGGGAGCAAAUGGAAGCUCUUGGUUUGGCGCCGGCGUACAGGGACGUGCAGUUCACCAUGAAGGAGACCGCUGAAACUUUCGGCAUCCAGUGCACCCCUGCUGGGUUCCGAGAAGCUGCGGCUGCUUUUCAGGAGGGGGAGUUUGCUCCAACUCAGUUCCCGGAGGUCGCGUACCUGGAUGCCUCCGACAGUGGUCCGGACUUUGAUGCUGCUCUCGAGCUAGAGUACAGCCUGGGCGCUGCACACCCGCAAGUUGCCCCUGUUUCCGGGGGGUGUGAACCCCCCGACCAGCCAGCCGUCAGGGGCGCGCAAGCCCAGCCGGUCCCCUCCCCUUUGCCCACAGUCCCGGAGGAGGGCGCGCACGACCAGCCGGUCGUCUCUCCGUCCGCCCCAGUCCCAACGGGCGGCGCGCACCGCCAGCCGGUCGUCUCCCCGUCGUCCCCAGUCCCAAUGGGCGACGCGCACGACCAGCCGGUCGUCUCCCCGUCGCCCCCAAUCCAAACGGGCGGCGCGCACCGCCAGCCGGUCCUCUCCCCGUCGCCCCCAGUCCCAACGGGUGGCGCGCACCGCCAGCCGGUCGUCUCCCCGUCGCUCCCAGUCCCAACGGGCGGCGCGCACCGCCAGCCGGUCCUCUUCCCACACCAGCCGGUCGUCUCUCCGUCGCCUCUGCCAGUUUCGAGGGGCGGCGCGGCCCACCAGCCAUUUGUUCCUCCAAGCUUAGUUGGCGGCGCGCUGCAGCAGACGGCCGUCUCGCAGCCGCACGCUGUCCACGGUGGAGGUGCAAUCAGGCACCUCGCUGACGCGCCGCAGCCUGCCGUUCCCUGCCGGGGCGCAUGCAUUCAGCCGGCUGUCUCACGACCGCCUGCUGUUCUUGGUGGGGGGGCUCGCAGCCAACCUGUCUCGCAAGCGCCCUUUGUAUCCCGGGGUGCACCGUGCAACUUGAACAGGCCCACAGUUGCGCUGCCGCCGGCUGCACCUCGUGGCCCGGGCGCACGCAGCCAGCCCGCCCUGGUUCCGCUGCGCGCUGCCUUUGGCAGCGGCGCCGUCCUCGCGGGGGGAAAGAGAACCGUGCUGCCCUUCAGCGCCGGUUUCUCAGAGCACGCUGGCGGGCAAAGCGUGCGUCCGCCAGCAACUUCACUCGCCGGGGAGAGGCGGACUUCGCAGCUGAGCGCCGCGGCAUUAGGGGAUGCGGGCAGUCGUCACGGCGGCUUUUCUACUGAGACGUUGGGUCGCGGGUUAGGUGUCGAGCAAAGCACUUUUGAAGCAAGCCCAUUGCAACAGGUUGAUCCACCAGAUAUUGUGCCGGAAGUCUCGGAGGCUCAGCCGGGAUACCAUGGUCCUCUUGUUUAUCGACCAUCGGGGGUGGAGAGCUCCCGACAAAAGGCUGGCAACCAAGGCG